AUGUUAGCAUGCGAUGGCAACACUGCUUCCACACGCUCGGAGUGGUGCGAUCACUCCAUCGACACCGACGCGUCCGUCGAGAUCCCAGACACUGGCGUGACCCGCGAGUACUGGCUAGAGCUCACCGAUGUUGUUGUAGCACCUGACGGCGUAUCUCGGACAGCGAUGGCCAUCAAUGGCUCGAUACCGGGACCGACGCUCAUCGCGGACUGGGGCGACAUGGUCGUUGUUCAUGUCACCAACUCUCUUACAACAUCCAUGAACGGCACCAGCAUACACUUUCACGGUCUUUGGCAGAAGAACACCAACGACCAGGACGGUGUGAGCUCCAUUACCCAAUGUCCAACAGCACCAGGCGAGUCAAUGACUUACACCUGGAGAGCUACCCAGCACGGGUCGACUUGGUAUCACUCGCAUUUCGCCCUGCAGGCUUGGCAGGGCGUCUUUGGCGGUAUUGUCAUCAAUGGACCUGCCACGUCAAACUACGACGAGGACUUGGGUAUGCUCUUCCUCAACGACUGGGACCACCAGACGGUUGAUGAGCUCUACCUCUCCGCCGAGAUGGAUGGUCCGCCAGUUCUCGACAACGGUCUGAUCAACGGCACCAACACUUUCGGAGACGGCGGUCAUCGCUACAAUGUUUCCUUCACCGCCGGCACUUCUUACCGCAUUCGCCUCGUCAACGCCGCUGUCGAUACCCAUUGGAAGUUCAUGAUCGACAACCACACCAUGACUGUCAUUGCAUCCGAUCUUGUACCUAUCGAACCUUAUGAAGCUACCAUUGUCAGCAUCGGUAUGGGUCAACGAUACGACGUCAUUGUAACAGCUGAUCAGGGAGACGUGGCUGACAACUUCUGGAUGCGAGCCAUCCCUCAGUCCGCAUGCUCCGAGAACGACAACGAGGACGACAUCCGCGGCAUAGUCUACUAUGGUGGCUCAGCUGGAACGCCGACCACUUCCGCAUACGACUACGAAGACAGCUGCUCCGACGAGACCGAGAACCUUGUGCCGCACAUCCCAAAGACCGUCGGAGCAACGUCGUCCACAGCCGAUGAGCCUGUAUCUGUCGGCCGCAACGACGAGAACGUGUUCAAAUGGGCUCUGAACAGCACAUCCAUGGUCGUGUACUGGGACGAUCCCACGCUCAUGCAAGUUAUGCGCAAAGAACAGACGUUCGAGGCCUCCAACGCCGUCUUCCACCUACCGCGCGAGAACGAAUUCGUCUACGUAGUCAUCAGCACCAACAUCGGAGUACCCUAUCCCAUCCAUUUGCACGGCUAUGACUUCUUCGUUAUCGCUUAG